ACACACCUUGCUGCGCUACUCAUCGGACGAAGCAUCACCACCAACAGUAAAGGCAGUUAGACGUAAGCGCACAAACAAGGACUGGGUAUUAGUGGACACUUAUCCUACAUACGAUGAUGCUUUGAAUGAAGUGAAGGCUCACUCCACAUGGUCAAUUUGUUCCAGUAACGAUGAAUUUGUCACGUUUCGCUGCACGAAAGUUAAAAAAAACAUUUUUGCAAUGCCAGUCCGGAAUGCGCAUCGAGCUACACAAAAAAGACCUGGGUGCAUCAUUAUUUGCUUCAAGGAACGAACACAAUUGUAGCCAGCUGACACAAGCCGCCUCAAAAUUAACACCCGAAGUCAGACAGUUCAUUACAGAACUACAUGCGAGAGGAUUGAAGCUGAAAGCUGUUCAAGACGAAUUCAUAAAGGCAAAAAAGCCGUUACCAGCGAGAUCAGUAUUAGCAAACGAAAUAGCACGUCUACGGCGGAUGGACACUAGUCAGGCAGUUAUAAAACUAAGUGAGCUUCAUGAUCUCUUGAAACAACAUUCCACGAUUCCCGAAGAUGAAUGCAAAGCGUACGUUGUCGAUUUUAAAAUCGCAGAUGAAAAUGAAGUGCGAUUCGAUUUUGUUGUGUCCAGCAAAAAACUUUUAGAUCUAAACACCCGGUCCCAGGUUUGCAAUGCUGAUACGACCUACAACCUUGUCUGGCAAGGUUACCCUGUACAAGUGACUGGACACACCGAUUUUAACAAAAAAUUCCAUCCUUCUGCUAUAUCCGUAUCGACCAAUGAAGAUGAAGAAACGUAUGCCUUUAUAUUCCAAACGCUAAAGGAUGGAACGAAUCUGGCUCUUUCAAAAGACUUGAAACAAUCGAUUCUAAUGGCCGACGGGGCAAAGGCGAUUUCCAAUGGUUUCCACAGAGCAUUUGGUUCCGAUUUCACAGAGCUGAUGUGCUGGUAUCAUGCUAAAACCGCCAUGAAGGACAAUAUUACUCAUCUCGUUCCAAAAGAACAUCAAGAACGAUUGCUGCAAGAUAUUGAUCGUUUACAAUUAUCACAAACACCAGCAAUGUUUGACAAAGCCUCCGUGUUGUUUCUAGAAAAGUAUUCAAAAUUCACCGAAUUCGUCGAUUACUUCGCUCAGCAAUGGUUACAUUUACAUCGAAAUUGGUAUGAAGUUGCGUGCGUGGAUCGCGACAUCAAAGCACCGGGUACCAACAAUGGGUUAGAACUGUUAAGGAUGAGAAAACAUUAAGAAGGUUGCUUCCACUACAAGAGUUUUUCCAGUUGCUAUUGACUUGGGUCGAAAGUUGGGGAAAACGAUACGAUGGUGGUGCAACCGUCUAUCACUGGGAUGUCGAAGUUGAUUUACCCUUGGAAACCAGAGCUUAUCAGUGGGUUCGGUCGAAGAAAGAGAUAAGACAACAUCCGUCUGCCAAUUUUUAUAUGGUACCUGCCGGGGAUUCAAUCACUUUAGAGCAUUGGGAGGACAGCUUAAUUUGGGAAACAUUUGAUCAAUUCACAACCAAUUUGUUCAAAGGGUGGAGUACCAAAGUUGAUAACGACUGGAAGAAUGGUAGUUGCAACUGUCCUUCUUUCCUAAAAGACUACAUGUGUAAGCAUGUCUAUGGUAUCGCAAUGUGUCUAAAGCUUGUGACUCCACGAUAUGAGGCGAAACAAAUUCCUCUAGGUCAAAAGCGUAAAAGAGGUCGCCCAAAACUGGCGAAAAAAGCUUUAAUUAAACAAUAAAAAAAUGAAAAAAACCGAUAAAGACUAAAUCUUUUUUAUUGUUUAAAACUUUCAAUAUUCGUUUGCUUAAUACUUAAUUGCUCUUAAUUUUUAUCUCUCUAAUAUUUUUUUCAAUA